AUGCCAAGUUUCUAUACAGGUCUUAUGGUGAUGAAGAUGGAGGUUGAGGAGGACGGUGCCAAUGGAGGAAAUGGUGGGGCAUGGACUGAGGAGGACCGAGACCUCAGCACCACUGUGCUAGGAAGAGAUGCAUUUGCAUACUUGACAAAAGGGGGCGGUACCAUAUCUGAGGGUCUUGUUGCUGCAUCGUCACCUGUGGACUUGCAAAAUAAACUGCAGGAGCUUAUCGAAUCAGAGCAUCCUGGUGCUGGUUGGAACUACGCCAUCUUCUGGCAGCUUUCACGCACAAAGUCUGGUGAUCUUGUCCUUGGGUGGGGUGAUGGCUCUUGCCGUGAACCCAAUGAUGCUGAGUUGGCAGCUGCUGCUUCUGCAGGCAAUGAUGAUGCCAAACAGCGGAUGCGGAAGCGUGUACUGCAGCGGUUGCACAAAGCAUUUGGUGGUGCUGAUGAGGAGGAUUAUGCUCCCACUAUUGGUCAGGUGACAGAUACAGAAAUGUUCUUCCUAGCAUCUAUGUACUUCGCGUUUCCGCGUCGUGCCGGUGCUCCUGGUCAAGUUUUUGCAGCUGGCCUCCCUCUCUGGGUUCCCAAUUCUGAGCGCAAUGUAUUCCCAGCUAAUUACUGUUACCGGGGAUACCUUGCAAGCACAGCAGGAUUUAGAACUAUCUUGCUAGUGCCAUUUGAGACUGGUGUGCUUGAGCUGGGUUCGAUGCAGCAGGUGGCUGAGAGUUCUGACACUCUCCAGACCAUAAAGUCUGUCUUUGCGGGGACAGGUGGCAAUAAGGAUAUAAUCCCGAGUCGUGAAGGAAAUGGUCACAUUGAGAGGUCACCAGGUCUGGCAAAGAUUUUUGGCAAGGAUUUGAACCUUGGUCGGUCUUCAGCAGGGCCAGUGAUUGGGGUAUCGAAAGUAGAUGAAAGGCCGUGGGAACAGAGGACUGCUGGUGGAGGGAGCUCAUUGCUUCCCAAUGUCCAGAAAGGAUUGCAGAGUUUCACUUGGAGUCAGGCCCGGGGCCUGAAUUCUCACCAGCAGAAGUUUGGCAAUGGUAUACUGAUAGUGAGUAAUGAAGCUACACACGGCAACAAUAGAACCGCGGACAGCUCCACUACAACACAGUUUCAGCUUCAGAAAGCACCUCAGCUCCAGAAACUACCACUUCUUCAGAAACCACCACAGCUAGUGAAGCCGCUGCAGAUGGUCAACCAGCAACAGCUGCAGCCACAGGCGCCUAGGCAAAUAGAUUUUAGUGCAGGGACCAGUUCCAAGUCUGGUGUCCUGGUUACAAGAGCAGCUGUUCUUGAUGGAGAUAGUUCAGAGGUGAAUGGCUUGUGUAAAGAGGAAGGGACAACACCUGUCAUAGAGGACCGACGGCCAAGGAAGAGGGGAAGAAAGCCUGCGAAUGGGAGAGAGGAGCCGCUGAAUCAUGUUGAGGCUGAGCGUCAAAGGAGGGAGAAGCUCAACCAGCGGUUCUAUGCGUUGAGAGCCGUUGUGCCCAACAUCUCGAAAAUGGACAAGGCUUCCCUGCUGGGCGAUGCAAUAGCAUACAUCACUGACCUUCAGAAGAAGCUCAAAGAUAUGGAGACGGAGAGAGAACGAUUUCUUGAGUCUGGUAUGGUGGAUCCAAGGGAGCGAGCCCCUAGACCAGAGGUUGACAUCCAGGUGGUGCAAGACGAGGUUCUGGUUCGAGUUAUGUCUCCAUUGGAGAACCAUCCGGUAAAGAAGGUCUUUGAAGCGUUUGAAGAGGCGGACGUCCGGGUAGGGGAGUCGAAACUCACAGGCAACAAUGGAACGGUAGUGCAUUCCUUUAUCAUCAAGUGCCCUGGCUCCGAACAGCAAACAAGGGAGAAAGUGAUUGCUGCAAUGUCUCGCGCCAUGAGCUCAGUGUAG